AUGUCGAGCCUCCUCUCUGAGAGACAGAAAGAUGAGCUGCAUAAAUCGAUGCUGUCGUAUUUACAUUCAGCGGGCUUGCACGAUUCGUAUGAAGCGUUGAAGAGAGAAACGGAUAAUGAUGAUUUUCAAGUAGAUGAUCCUAAAGCCAGAUGGGUAGGGUUAUUAGAGAAGAAAUGGACUAGUGUAAUCAGAUUACAGAAGAAGAUUAUGGAUCUUGAAUCACGCAAUUCGUCACUCAUAGCAGAAUUAGCUUCGCCAACUCGAGCAACAGCAUCUUCAUCUUCCUCAGCACCUUUUUUACCCAGAGCUCCAGCUAGACAUACGUUGACAUCGCAUAGAGCACCCAUAACGAAAGUUGCUUUUCAUCCUACAUGGACUGUAAUAGCAAGUGCGAGUGAAGAUUCAAGUGUAAAGAUAUGGGAUUGGGAGUCGGGUGAAAUGGAGAGAACGGUGAAAGGUCAUACGAAAGCUGUUGGAGAUGUUGAUUUUGAUCCGAAAGGUGGAUUGAUGGUGACAUGCUCCUCCGACUUGACCAUAAAACUAUGGGAUACCUCGAAUGAUUAUACGAACGUGAAAACGCUACAUGGGCAUGAUCAUUCAAUAUCGAGUGUUAGAUUCACGCCGGAUGGGGAGAAAUUGGUUUCGGCGAGUAGAGAUAAGACAAUAAAAGUUUGGGAGGUCGCUAGUGGGUACUGCGUGAAAACGUUUACAGGGCACUCGGAGUGGGUCAGGGGUGUGAUACCGUCAGACGAUGGGAAAUGGCUAGUGAGCUGUUCGAAUGACCAAACAUCACGGAUAUGGGAUUUCGCAACAGGAGAAACAAAAGUGGAAUUGCGAGGACAUGAGCAUGUAGUGGAGUGCGCUGUUUUUGCACCUGUGAAUUCAUAUACUGCAAUAAGGGAAUUGACUGGGUUAGGUGCUGCACAAGCAGGGGAUACGAGAGCAAAGUCAGCUGGAGCAUUUGUAGCCACUGGAUCAAGAGAUAAGACCAUUAAGCUAUGGGAUGGCAUAUCGGGUCAAUGUCUACGGUCCUUCGUCGGUCAUGAUAACUGGAUAAGAGCAUUAGUAUUUCAUCCAUCGGGGAAAUACCUGCUUUCGGCUUCUGAUGAUAAGACUAUCAAAAUAUGGGACUUGACAAAUGGCAGAUGUGUAAAAACCGUUGAUGCACAUGGUCAUUUCGUUUCUUCAAUGACAUGGGGGAGAGCCUCCAUAGGAGGAUCAUCAAAUAAGACACAAACGAUACCGAAUGGAGAUGCAGGAAGUGCUAAGAAAACCGAAGAUGAACCUAGAAGAGUCAAUGUUCUGGCAACUGGAAGCGUUGAUCAAACUAUAAAAAUAUGGACACCAUAA